CUCGGGGGCGCCACUGAGCAUGGUUGUAUUAAACCUCCGCGGAGCCUACACCACAACGGAAUCACAGUAAAAAAUUGAAAAUCGAACGAAAAAUAAAUCCCUCUCAAUUCCCGCCUUCGAUUUUUAAUUCAAACUUUUUUUUUUAACAAAAGUGCGUUCCGUUUUACUUAAGUGAUUUUUUUUUGUAAUUUUAAAAUUAAUCUGAGUAUUUUUUAUUGGUAUUAGCGUAAGAUGUGCGUUUUAUGAGUGUAACAGUCGACGGCGAGGGACGUUUUGGCCGUGUCGUGUAUUACGUAACUGUUCCGGGGAAAAUCGAUACCCUGGGCGUAUAAAUAGCGGCGUGAGGUCGAAACAGCUGGCCAGUCGCCAGCAUCAUGCAGCCUUCGAGGAUGAGAAGACCCCGCCGGCACCGAUGGCUGACCGUGUCGGUCUUCUUCAUCGCGUACUCGGUCUUCCAAGCAGUAUACAGCCCGUCAAACGCUUCGGAACCUAUCAAUAAGGCUGAAGAGGUUAUCUUCGGACCCUCGGAGAAACCUGAAGUUACGCCUAAACAGGGGACUACUAUUGAAGAUAAGCCGAUAUCUGCCGCGCCGAGUACACCACCCACGAACAAGGAUAAAGCGGACGAGGCACCUCCCGAGGGCGGUAAGAAAGGCAUGAAGGGCCUCGAGGAAGACGAUGAACCGGAUAAGAAGGGACAGAAGGACGCGGGAUAUGUUGAGGACAGCGAAACGGAUGAGAUGAGAGAAGAAGAAAGGUCUAACUGGAAGUCAAACCCCACCGUCAAACCAUUGCGAGUCAACUGCUCCCCACCUGCUAUUGAACAGUUCCCCAAACCCCUGAUGGGUCAGAACGCUCGCAAGCACGGCGGUCUGAUCGUGCACAUCUUGGUCGCAGUGUUCACAUUCAUCGGGCUGGCCAUCGUGUGUGAUGAGUACUUCGUCUCCAGUCUUGAUAGGAUCUGUGAAGAGUUGAAGUUGGCCCCUGACGUGGCGGGCGCUACGUUCAUGGCGGCGGGCAGCUCGGCGCCUGAACUCGCUACCGUGGUUAUUGGAGUCUUCUGUGCGCAGGAUGAUAUUGGAGUGUCUGGCGUAAUCGGGUCCGCAGUGUUCAACAUAAUGUUCGUGAUCUCGGUCUGCGCCCUGUGCGCCGGCACGGUGUCGCACCUCAACUGGUGGCCGCUGUGUCGCGACUGCUUCUUCUAUGCCAUCUCUAUACUCGUCAUGCUGUGUACUAUUGCUAAUUCUAUCGUUUCUUGGCCAGAAGCCCUAUUCAUGUUGAUAAUGUACGGCGUAUACUGCGUCGCGUUACGUUUCAACACUGCACUCGAGCGCUGGGCGAUGACGCUGCCGCUGCCAUUCAAACUACCCACUAGGGAAGAACAAGCUGCUUUGGUGACAUACAGGAGUGCGGGUGGUCAGCCUCCCGCGCCGGCUGCAGGAGACAGCACUUACGCGCAAAUGGACGGACAGACCAAGGAAACGCCACUGCAGGACUCACCCUACAACCCGGACGGCGCGUACGACAACGCGGCGUACAACGCGGAGCCCACGCCCGCCUGGGACCCCAACCACGAGUGGGACCCCAACCGAGCCUGGGAUGACACUAUGCAAGCCCCAAUCUACAACGCUCAGAUGGUAGGCCAACAGCAGCAACAGCAACAACAGCAACAGUCGUCAACAGGCCAGCAACAGCAGCAACAACAGCCACAAGAUCAGCAACAGCAACCCGUGCAGCCGGCAGCUCCAGCCUACUACAAAGCUAAGGAGUACAAUCCUGAGACUGCCGUCGACCCUCUCGUCAAACCCAUCGGGGCCAACCACUUCCAACUAGCGUGGUGGUACCUAGUGUUCCCGAUCCACUGGUCGUGCCGCCACACGAUGCCCGACUGCCGCGGCCGCUGGUACCCCGUCACCUUCAUCAUCAGCAUGCUGUGGAUCUCCUUCUACUCCUACUUCAUGGUCUGGAUGAUCACUAUCAUUGGCUACACGCUGGGCAUCCCGGACACGGUGAUGGGGCUGACGUUCGUAGCGGCCGGCGUGUCCGUGCCCGACGCGCUCUCCUCGCUCGCCGUCAUCAAGGAGGGUUACGGAGACAUGGCGGUAUCGAACGCAGUCGGCUCCAACGUGUUUGACAUCCUGGUGUGCCUCGGCCUGCCCUGGUUCAUUCAGACCGCCAUCAUCCACCCGGGAUCGCAUGUCAACGUCUAUCAUAAAGGAUUGAUCUACUCCACACUCUCUCUAUUCUCUACCGUGAUCUUCCUGGUGGUGGCGACUCACGCGAACGGUUGGAAGCUGGACCGCAAGUACGGCGCAGUACUGAUGAUAUGGUACAUACUCUUCAUUACCCUCGCCAGCCUCUACGAGCUCAACGUGUUCGGAUACUACACGCAUCCCGAUUGUGUCUCUAGCUAUUAAAUUAUUUCAACUGGCAACAUUUUCUUUUGACGUUUCUUUUUGGCUCGCUUGUCAACUGUCAACUGUCAAAUGUGACAGAUGACGUUUGUUUUGACAGUUGAAAGGCUAAUAUGGAUACGGUUUUUUGUGUUUAAAAUGCACUUUAAAUUGUUUCCCGUUUGUAAAGAAUAAGCCAUUUUAUUAACAUUAUAAUAAGUUAAAAGAUUAAGUUUUAGUUGAUUUGUGUUAAGGAUUUGUAGAUAUUUGUAUUUAUUAGUAGGGUAGUAAGGUUUGUAUUUAUUAGUGACUGUAUUUAUUUAUUAUUUUCUUUGUAUGUACCUACUUCAAUCUCAAAUAAACGGCCGGCCUAUGUUUAAUGAAUUAAACAUAUUAUUUUACUAUACACAUACUAGUUAAGUUUUGUAAAAACGCUAUUGUCUUAUGAUUAAAGAGCAUCGAUGUUAGUUUCAGUACUUUAUAAACGAAAUAAUUAUAUUACUCUUUAGGACUUAAUUGGUCUUAAGUAAAAUGGUCACCGACUUUCACAAUAGAAAUGCUAGAAUUGAUUUUUCAAUAAUAUUAAGCGGUUUAAUAGUUUGAGCGUCUGUUUCCGUUUAAGGCAUGCUUCAAUUGAUAGAAUGAGUGCGUUUUUUUGUAAAAUGCUUUUGUUAUUAGAAAUGUUUGUCAGUAAUUUUACCGAAAUAUUGUUUUAAAAUCAAAAUUUUAAUGGUAAAAUUACUCUCGAAUGUGCACUAUUUAAUAAUGUAAAGGUUUUAAAUAGUUUUUUUUUUGUAAAUAGCUUUGUGAGGCACUGGUGUUGCUUGCGCACAAAUUGCUGUUUUCUACCAUUGCACUUGUGAAAUAUUAAUUUUCUCUGUGUUGCAUUAUAUUGGCUAAGCAAAAUAGGAAAGGUUAAAAUAAAUCACAACUAUCUCUUUAGCAAGUUUAUUAAACAAUGCAAAGUGGCGAUUAUGAUCCUACGCUAAGAUUUGAAGAUAAGAACUUAAAGCAAAUCCAUGCAUAUUCUUACUAUAACUUAUUAUUUAUAUCUAUGGCGUAUUGUAUGUGUAAAUGUGACGAAGCAAGAAAGAAUUAUUCGCUUUAAUGUAUAAAUAUCUUAUGAAUAUUUGCAUAGUUUUAGACAAAUUACAUUUUGGAACGUAUCUAGUCGCGUAUUGUAAUGUCUACUAUAAAUAAGAUAUUUUUGUUUGUGAUAUUAUUUUUAAAACCAAAAUGACUUAGUCACUUUCUGAAUAAUGUAUAUUUAGUCUAAAUCAUUAGUUAGUUUGAAUAUAAUUUUGUAUAUUAGAUUUUUAUCACAAAACAUCGAUGUUUGACGAAUUACUACAAUAGUUAUGUGAGAAAGUUUAAUUUUUUAUUGAAUUUUGUACUUUUACUACAGCUAUUCGUAAUAGUGGCAGCAAGUAGAUAAUUUUGUGUAAAUAGUUUUUACUCGAACUAGUUUCUAUCCUCCGAUCUUCCACACGAUGUAUUUUCAUUCUCAAGUUUACCCUAUUUAUUUUAUAAAUAGUAUUUUGUAUAGGGUUCCUAAAUAGUAAAUGCCUAAAUUAAUAUAUCCAAAUUAUACUAAAUGUACGUAACUUGACAAAUAUAUUAAUAUAACAUAUUUGUUAGCUUAAAGCCUUACCCUCGUUAGGUAGUAUCAAAAUGUAUGAUCCGCUGAAAUCUGUCAUCUUCCAAAGACCUGUUCCAUUUCCCAUCUUCCAUGAUGAUUGAAAUACCUCAGCAUCUUCUUCUUCCUUUGAAACUAAAUCACUAUAUCCCAUUCCAACUCUGUGAUCUCUUUAGCGAUAAUACUUAAAGUUAAUAUGUGUCUAUAUUAAGAAGAAUAGCUGUUUUUAUUAGUUACGAAUUUUUUGCACCACUCGAAGGUGUUAACUGAAAGGAUGCAUGCCUAUUGAGGCAUGAACCACAAAAAAAACUUAUUUAAAACUUUGCUAGACAUUCCAAAGUAAAAAAAGACCUAGUUAACUACAGCGCGUGCAGUUUUAGAGAAAUAACAGUUUUUAUACUUACAACAUAGGCUGAUACGUCAGUCAGUAAUCCCUAAGUAAAAUGCGUUCACAUUAGAAUAAGGGAUAACUUAAUCACUUUAGCUUAAGUUAGACCAAAAAGAGCCUUAACAUCGCUCAAAGUAUCACUCGCGACGUGUAUUUAACGCAUUUAGUCUGUAAUAUGUCAAAACAGUAUUAG